AUGGUUAACAGGAUAAUUCUGUGGUGCGUUUUAAUUUCAAGUUUUACAGUUUGUUAUAUUGAAUGUAGAGGAGGAAGAGGAGGGCACGGCUCCCACAGCUCUCACGGCUCCCACGGCUCCCAUAGCUCCCACAGCUCAGGGCACAGUUCUUCGCACUCAUACUCGUCUUCAGGCAAAAGUGGGCACUCUUCAAGUUCUUUGGGCAGUUCGUCUUCUUCACACAGCUAUCCUUCAUCAGGAUCAAGCCUUUCAGGAUCUAGCUACAGUUCACAUAGCUAUCCUUCAUCAGGAUCAAGCUACAGUUCACAUAGUUAUCCUUCAUCCGGAUCAAGCCUUUCAGGAUCAAGUUACAGUUCUCAUAGCUAUCCUUCAUCAGGAUCAAGCUACAGUUCACAUAGUUAUCCUUCAUCAGGAUCGAGCCUUUCAGGAUCAAGUUACAGUUCUCAUAGCUAUCCUUCAUCAGGAUCAGGUCUUUCAGGAUCAAGUUCCAGUUCACAUAACUAUCCUUCAUCAGAAUCAGGUCUUUCAGGAUCAAGCUCUAACUCACACGGCAUUCCGUCAUCAAUAUCAAGUCUUUUUGGAUCAAGCUCCAGUUCAAAUAACUUUCCCUCAUCCGGAUCUGGUCUCUCAGGAUCAAGCUCUAGUUCAUUUGAAUAUCCAUCAUCAAUAGCAAAGCUUUUGGAGUCAAGUUCGGGUUCAAAUAGCUAUCCUUCAUUUGGAUCUAAUUACUAUGGAUCAAGCUCAAACUCUCACUACUAUCCGUCAUCAAAAUCAAUUUUUGGACCAAGCUCGACUUUAAAUAGUCAUUCUUCAUUCGGGUCUGGUUCAUAUGAUUCACGCUAUAAUAGUGAUGGCCUGACACCAUCAAUAGCAAAGAUGUUAGAAACAGCCUCUAAUAUAAAUAGCUACUCAACCUUACUUGGAACAAGCUCGAAUUCACAUGGAUAUCCUUCAUCAGGAUCAGGAUCAGGCCUCUGGGGGUCAAGCCGUUCCGAAUCAAGAUCAUCAGAUUCAGACUAUUGGCCAUUAACGGGCUCUAAUAAACAGUCACUGUCAUCCACGGGACACUCGUCGGCGUCAUCAGGAUAUCACAGUUAUCCUUCAACGUCAGGUGGUCCCUCUGGAACAAGUUCAAAGCUCCCAUCAACAGAUGUUUCUACCGGCACACAUAGUUACCCCAAGCCUUCUUCAGCACUUUCCGGUUCAGGAUCUCAACCACCUUACGGUAAAAACCAUCCAGCUUCUUAUGAUAACUCAUACAAACCACAACAGCCAAGCCAAACGUACAAUGCACAUAAUGGUUAUGGUUCUACUUCUUAUAAUAGACCAAAUUAUGAUAAUACGCCGUCUUACUAUACUGCACCACAAUACAAAUAUGUGCAUGAAUACAGAAAUUCAAAGAGCCGCUACGGAGACCUACUGACUGGAUUAACGUUGUACAACCUCGGCCGGUCACACAGCCAUUAUCAUAGCCAUUACUACUAUGACGACUAUUACAAACGACGCUACGCAUCAUCAAGUACUUCCUACGGAGAAGAAAACAAACACAGUGAAGAGGCUACAUGUGUAUUGAAAGUAAAAGCGAAUGAUAAAGUAGAAUUGUUGAAAAUACCUUGUGAAAUAGUCUCCACAUUUACCGAAGACAGCAAAAAAUUUGCACCGGUACCAGACACUGUAGUGAACAAAACGGUUUGCAUGACUAACGGUUCAUCAGUUAAUUCCACAUCAACGGCGAACACCACAGUGGUGAAUGUUACCGUAUGUACCACGAAAUCGACAGUAUCAGAUCCAUUGACUGUUAAAGGACCUCCUGCCAACAGUAAGAACAUGGAGUGUGAAGUGGAGAUUCAUACUAAGCAGGCUCUACUACGUAAAGAUAUAGACUGUGGGACUUUAAUGUCGUAUGCUAAAAUGCCUGAACCAAAGAAGGAUAGAGGGAUGCUACCUUCGAGGGAGAAACUUAAAUCAUGGUUAUCGAAUCCACCCUGGUGGGCCUCUAUGUUUAUUGCUGUAUAA